UAUGACAAAGUGCUGUACACCAGACGUGCGUUGUUGGCGCGCAGAAGAGCAGAGGAGCGACGCAAAUUAAACGAGCUUGAAUCAUUUGAUCCUAACGAAAUUUACUACAAGAAACUCGAUCGAUCUCUCGACGCCAGCUUAGGGCCUGUGGCGGAGAAAAUCUUGGAAGAGAAGAAUCCGAUGGAUAUUACCGCUUUGGAUCCUAUUGAUGUUCUCGACGCAGUCACAUAUCGCAACUUGGAAGGAUUGAUUGAUGCUGAGGAGUUAGCUAGCAGUAGCCGCAAAGAUUCAACCAACAAGGGUGUUGAAGAAAGCAUGCGCCAGUUUGCUGCCGAAGUUCGUCAGUCGGAUUUCAGAGUACAGGGUUUGCAUACAUUCUCAUCUGUAAUGCAGUGUCUGCCUCGACGAAUGGGAACUUCGGGCCGAUAUGUAAACAUUGCUAAUGCCUUAGCUGUGACACUGUACAUGUGCAAUGAAAAUACUCUUACAUUGGUACAAGAAAGGAAUGAUACGAUGGAUGUUAAUGAAUCGGUCAAUGAAGGUGAACCUUGGAUGGGCAAUUUUAUUAUCACCAAUGCUGUUGACGCAGCAGCAUUCCAAGGGAAUGUUUUUGAUACUGAGGAAUUGACGAGUGCUAUGGAAACAACCGCAUCUACUGAUAAUGCUCCGUUUUGA